UCUUAUUUGUUGAUUAAAUUUUGUAGAGUCCAUUAGUUACGAAAGCUGAAGCUUCUUAAGCACUUCCCUUGGUUUUCGGUGUGGUUCUUUCCAACAUAGCUACUUCCAUGGCUGCCACUACCACCUCUUCCAGUUCCAGCUGCGGCGGCGGCAGCUUCUUAAGUCUCCGAUCACCAAAUUCCGAUGAGUCCAGGGUCUCCUCCACCCAAGCCUCUUCCUCCGCUUGCGGCAAGUUUGAUGGGGUGGCAAUGUGGUUCAUCAACGGCGUCACAACGGCUUUCUUUGCCUCCUUGAACCGUUGCUCUUGCAUUCGCAUCGCCACCGAAGAAGACGGUGAUGAUGCCAAUGACUUGCCGUUGAUGCUCAACGACGGAAAUAUCCGCCACGAUGGCGUCGUCGCCGUUGUAGGCACCGCCAGCAGGAGAAGGACGGGUAAAGGGAAGAAGAAUGAAGCUGUUCUUGUCGACGACUACUGAAGAUUGUGAAAAAAGUACGUAUGUACCCUUUGAUGAGACCUUAAGCAAAUUAAAUCAUAUCAAUGUCUCUCUUAAUUUUCUUGGUAAGUGAUCAUAUAUUAUAUUGUUGUAUGGGGUUGCUUCACAGCUUAAUUAUGUUUUGGAGAGCGAAAAUGAUGAAAUUGAGAAAUUUGAUAUACAGAAUCAAGAAUGAUUCAUGUGUAAUGAAAUAAAACUAAGCUUGAUUUUCCCUACUUUUAA